AAAAAAGGUUAAACACAAAACUGAUAUGUGAUUAAUAAUUUCAUCGAAUAGGACUUGUGAAAUGUAAUUCACAGGGAAUAUUAUGAGCUUUUGAAAAGAAAUUCAUUUAUUUGCAGUUAAGUGAUUAAACUGAACACAAUACUCUUUGUUUGCAAAUUUAAAACAAUUAUUCUAAAUAUAUAUAAAUAAUAAUGGCUAGUAAGCGAAUUGCCCUUCUCAGUGUUUCGGAUAAGACCGGUUUAAUAGAUUUGGGUAAAAGUUUAGCCGCUUUAGGAUUUCAGUUAGUGGCUAGUGGCGGUACAGCUACUGCCUUGCGUAAUGCCGGCCUUAACGUUAAAGAUGUCGCUGAUAUUACGGGAGCUCCUGAAAUGUUGGGCGGUCGUGUAAAGACUUUGCAUCCGGCCGUUCAUGGUGGAAUAUUGGCUCGCACUACCCCCAGUGAUGUUGCUGAUAUGAAAAAACAAAAUUUUGAUUAUAUAAGUGUAGUCGUAUGCAAUCUCUAUCCGUUUGUUAAUACCGUUUCUAAGCCAGAUGUAACCGUGGCUGCUGCUGUAGAAAAUAUCGAUAUUGGCGGUGUUACUCUGUUAAGGGCCGCUGCUAAGAAUCACGAUCGUGUUACUGUUGUUUGUGAAGCUAAUGAUUAUACGAAGGUUUUAACCGAAAUUAAACAGCAUGGUGAUACGACUUUAGAGACUCGUAAAAUUUUAGCAUUGAAGGCUUUCACUCACACUGCUUCUUACGAUGACGCCAUUUCGGAUUAUUUCCGUAAACAGUACUCGGGAGGUAUAUCACAAAUUAAUUUACGUUAUGGUAUGAAUCCUCAUCAAAAGCCUGCACAAAUCUUUACCCAAUUGGAGAAAUUGCCAUUGACUGUUGUCAAUGCUGCUCCAGGUUUUAUUAAUCUCUGCGAUGCGUUAAACGGUUGGCAAUUGGUUAAGGAAUUAAAGAAAGCUUUAGGUCUACCUGCCGCUACUAGUUUUAAACACGUUUCACCAGCCGGUGCUGCUGUCGCUACACCACUAAGCAAAGAACAAGCCAAACUGUGCAUGGUUGAUGAUUUAUAUAGCAGCUUAACACCGAUCGCUACUGCUUAUGCUAGAGCCCGCGGUGCUGAUCGCAUGUCUUCAUUUGGCGAUUUUGUUGCCUUGUCGGACGUAUGUGACGUAGUUACAGCAAAAAUUAUUUCUCGUGAGGUUUCCGAUGGCAUUAUAGCACCUGGCUAUUCGCCAGAUGCUUUAGAAAUCCUUAAGAAAAAGAAAAACGGUGGAUAUUGCAUUUUGCAAAUGGAUCCGAAUUAUGAACCGUCCGCUUUAGAGCGUAAAACGAUUUUCGGUUUGACUUUAGAACAAAAACAUAAUGAUGCUGUAAUUGACGCCGCACUUUUCUCGAAUGUGGUAACAAAAAAUAAAAAAUUACCCGAGUCUGCGGUACGCGAUCUAAUUGUGGCCACUAUCGCUUUGAAAUACACGCAAAGUAAUUCGGUUUGUUACGCUCGCGAUGGCCAAGUAAUUGGUAUCGGUGCCGGUCAACAAUCACGUAUCCAUUGCACGCGGUUGGCUGGCGAGAAGGCGGAUAAUUGGUGGUUGAGACAACAUCCCCGCGUGGCCGGAAUGAAAUUUAAGGCCGGUGUUAAGCGCGCCGAAAUCUCAAAUGGUAUCGAUAAUUUUGUUAACGGUACCGUUGGCAAAGAUAUGCCUUUUAGUCAAUUCGAAGCGAUGUUUGACGAAGUGCCAGCUCAGUUCACUAUGGCUGAGAAGGUAGCGUGGUUGAAGCAACUGAACGGUGUUGCUUUAGGUUCGGAUGCGUUCUUUCCCUUCCGCGACAAUAUCGAUCGUGCUCGCUUGAGUGGAGUGUCUUUUAUUGGCAGCCCAGCUGGAUCGACCAAUGACGCUGGGGUUAUAGCUGCUUGCGAUGAACACGGAAUUAUUAUGGCUCAUACUAAUUUACGUUUAUUCCAUCAUUAAAAAAAACAUGUCUUUGCAUAAUAUAUCAUGGGAAGUCAAUGAAAAAACGGAUAUGUGCUUCAAACUGGAAAUUCUUGUUUUUUUUUUAAAUUUUUAAAAAAAAUUUUUUUUUCAUCUCUUUUAAGCUAUCGCAUCUGAGUUCAGUUGUAAUUAAAUUUUUUUCACGUUUUAAGUUCUCUUGUGCUUGAAAGAUUGUUCAACUUUUUUAUUACACAUUCGACAAUUAUAUAUUAAGAAAUAUAUCGUGGGAAUCGUUUAUUGAUGACAUUUCUCUUAAGUUAUCUUCUUAA